AUGCAACCCAGCUUAGGACUCCAAGUGAGUCUGGCCAGCCAGUUACCCACCCUGCAGGCUCACUCAGCAUCGACGCUCCCCGUCAAAGUGUCCGUUCACAACACGGGAAAUGAUCCAGUGACCUUCCUGCGAUGGGGGACCCCGUUUGAUCCCCGCGCGGCCGUCUCCGGUGUUUUCGAAGUCCGCGACACCACCGAUGGCAAAGUGCUGCCCCUGGAUGACCUCAAAAUGGCCCGGAAAAUGCCCCCCUCCCACGAGGAUCUCAUGGAGAUCCCCGGUGGAGAAAGUCUCGACAAGAUCGUUGAGAUCCCCGGACUAGAUCUGCAAGAGGGUCAUGAUUAUUCCAUUGUCUCCAAGGGUGUCUGGCAUGCCUUGUGGACGACGUCCAUGGUCAGCGUGACGGAGGAUCACCUUGCGGAUCUGUCGAGUGCGACUCGCGGUGAGUUCCGGUCGAAUGAAGCCCAUGUGAAGGCGGAAUAG